AUGGAGCACACCACGAUUCGAGGUCAUAUUCAUAUGGAUGGUGCGGCUAAUCAAGCAACAGGGUAUUUUCUGCGAAUUGUAAAGAAGCGUCUCCUCGAUCAAUAUGGUCUUGUAAAGUACAAGCCGCUUGUCAGCUUCAAUGCCAAGCUCAUGGUGGUUUCCAUCCUAAUGGAUGCAAUGCUUAUUGGCCUCAUGUCUCUUCCCAAUCAAGUUGUUUUCAUCCAAUUCCACCCCGUGGCGUACAUGGUCAAGCUCAACAUUGAAAUGUCCAUGGCAACACUCAUCACCCGCCUCGCUCGGAGCGGAGCCAACGACGUCUAUCUCAAUACUUUAUCCGAGUCCGACCGCCGACGCCAGUACGGAACCGACGAAAACACCCACAAUAGUAGGAAUCGUGAUAUUGGACUAAAAUCAUUUACCAAAUCAAAGAUUCGACAUGACCCUGAAGAUGUCGAUCAUGACCUUGCUCAUGGUGCUGGAAUUCAACGAACAUUUGACGUUAAUGUUACUGUUCAACAGUCCAGUCCUAGCGAUCAUGACCACAAGGGGCACGUCAUGUUUGAUAGAAUGGAGGAUGAGAUUUCUCUCAAACGUAACGGGAAAGAGAUAGAUGGACGAAGCUCUUCGGCCAGCACUUAG